AUGGGGUUAUCUACUGAAGGAAAAGAGAUUAUGGAAAAUGGUUCUCAUGAAGCCAAUGUGUAUUAUUUGCUUGGUGAGAAAGGCGAAUUCCAGGAUAAAAUCCUGGAACAUCCAUUUGGUAAAAUUGGUAUUGCUAAAGCAUUAUCAGCAGGAUGGAUUGGUAUAGAUAAAUCAAGCGGUUCAGUCAGGAUAGUGCGAAAGAUUGACAAAAUUGAGGAUAUGGUUAAGAAAAACCUUAUUCUCAUUGCUAAUAACAGAGAGGAAGAAGUGAACCAGAAAUUUAUUCAGGAAUUAAAGAAACGGAAAUUGGUUAUUGAGACGAAUAUAAAAACUUACUUUGUUCGUAAGGGUUCUUCAUUCACAAUUUUUCUCACCAAACAAGAAAUGGAUCUUACUGCCGAUAUGAUAACUAGUGAAUCAUGGAGAAUGAAAACUUUCAAAACUUAUAAUUUUAAUGCUUAUGGUUUAUUACCAAACUCUGGACAUUUGCAUCCUCUUAUGAAAGUUCAUUAUGAAUUUCGACAAAUAUUCUUUCAAAUGGGAUUUUCGGAAAUGCCGACGAAUAGGUAUAUAGAAAGUUCAUUUUGGAAUUUCGACGCUCUUUUUCAACCUCAGCAACAUCCAGCUCGUGAUGUACACGAUACAUUUUUCCUUUCCGAUCCUGCUACAAGUGAUCAGUUUCCAGAGGAUUAUGUGCAGCGAGUUAAAGAGAUUCAUGAGAAAGGUGGAUAUGGAUCCAAAGGGUACAACUAUGAAUGGAAAAUAGAAGAAGCUCAGAAGAAUAUCCUUCGUACACAUACAACUGCAGUUAGUGCCAAGCAAUUGUAUUUACUUGCUCAGCAGGUGGAAGGAGUGAUUGCAGAACGAGAUUUAUCACUGGCUCAUGUAAUGGGACUUUUUACUGAAUUCUUUCGAAAAUGUGGUACGUUUUUUAAUUGCGUAUGCUUCAAUUGGAUUACUAAUUUGCGAUUCAAACCAACAUAUAAUCCAUAUACAGAGCCAUCAAUGGAAAUAUUUGCAUUUCAUGUCGGUUUAAAUAAGUGGGUAGAGAUUGGGAAUUCAGGAAUGUUUCGCCCAGAAAUGUUACUUCCUAUGGGAUUUCCUGCUGAUGUUAGUGUUGCAGGUUAUGGUCUUUCUCUUGAAAGGCCGACGAUGAUUCGGUAUGGAAUUGAUAAUAUCAGAGAUCUUUUCGGACCAAAAGUUGAUUUGGAGAUGGUUUAUAGGAAUCCCAUGUGCCGACUUGAUAAAAAAUAA